CCCCGUAGUGCAACACAGCAGCGCCAUUCGGUAACUGCAACAAUAUCCAAAAUGGCAGGAGCUGAUGGAGACGACUCUCUCUACCCUAUCGCCGUUCUCAUUGACGAACUGCGAAAUGAGGAUGUCCAGUUACGACUGAACAGCAUCAAGAAGCUGUCUACUAUUGCCUUGGCACUUGGUGUUGAGAGGACUCGCACUGAACUCCUUCCUUUCCUCACAGACACCAUCUAUGAUGAAGAUGAGGUGCUCUUGGCCUUGGCUGAGCAGCUUGGCAAUUUCACUAUGUUGGUGGGAGGGCCAGAGUAUGUCCACUGUCUCUUGCCUCCUCUGGAGAGCCUAGCUACCGUUGAGGAGACCGUCGUCAGAGAUAAAGCUGUUGAGUCCCUGCGCAAGAUCUCUCAGGAGCAUUCUCCAGUUGACCUGGAGGUCCACUUUGAGCCUUUGGUCAAGCGGCUGGCCAGUGGCGACUGGUUCACUUCUCGCACAUCUGCCUGUGGUCUCUUUAGCGUCUGCUAUCCUCGUGUCUCCAGCACCGUCAAAGCAGAGAUCCGCCAGCAUUUUCGCACCUUGUGCUCCGAUGACACUCCGAUGGUGCGUCGUGCUGCAGCAUCUAAACUGGGGGAGUUCGCCAAAGUCCUGGAGCUGGAUUACGUAAAAAGUGACAUAAUUUCCCUCUUCACUGCUUUGGCCUCUGAUGAGCAGGACUCAGUGCGGCUGCUUGCUGUGGAGGCUUGUGUCAGCAUUGCCACUCUGCUGCCUCAGGAGGACCUGGAGUCCCUGGUGAUGCCAACACUGCGCCAGGCUGCAGAAGAUAAAUCCUGGAGGGUCCGCUACAUGGUGGCCGACAAGUUCUCUGAGCUCCAGAAAGCAGUCGGGCCAGAGAUCACCAAGAAUGAUCUGGUCCCGGCCUUCCAGAAUCUUUUGAAGGACUGUGAAGCUGAGGUCCGAGCUGCUGCCGCCAACAAAGUCAAAGAGUUCUGUGAGAACCUCCCAGAGGACAAUCGUGAGCAAAUCAUCAUGACUCACAUUCUGCCCUGUGUCAAGGAACUCGUCUCAGACACCAAUCAGCAUGUGAAGUCCGCCCUGGCCUCCGUCAUCAUGGGCCUGUCCACCAUCCUGGGCAAGGACAACACAAUAGAGCACUUACUGCCUCUCUUCUUGGCUCAGCUCAAGGACGAGUGCCCCGAGGUGCGUCUCAACAUCAUCUCCAACCUGGACUGUGUGAACGAGGUGAUCGGCAUCCGUCAGCUCUCCCAGUCGCUGCUGCCAGCCAUUGUGGAGCUGGCGGAGGAUGCCAAGUGGAGGGUCCGCCUCGCCAUCAUAGAGUACAUGCCUCUGUUGGCAGGACAGCUGGGGGUGGAGUUCUUUGACGAGAAGCUCAACACCCUGUGUAUGGCCUGGCUCAUUGACCACGUGUAUGCCAUCCGUGAGGCGGCCACCUGUAACCUGAUGAAGCUGGUGGAGAAGUUUGGAGCGGAGUGGGCGCAGAACACCAUCGUGCCCAAAGUGCUGGGCAUGGCCAACGACCCCAACUACCUCCACAGGAUGACGACUCUCUUCUGCAUCAAUGCUUUGUCAGAGGCGUGUGGCCAGGACAUCACCACAAAGCAGAUGCUGCCAGUGGUCCUCAAGAUGUCCAACGACCAGGUGGCCAACGUACGCUUCAACGUGGCCAAGUCCCUUCAGAAGAUCGGCCCCGUCCUCGACAGCAAUGCCCUUCAGACAGAAGUGAAGCCGGUGCUGGAGAAGCUCGCCACAGACACAGACAUGGAUGUCAAGUACUUUGCCCAGGAGGCCAUCAGUGUUCUGGUCCUCGCAUAACUAACCCAACUUGGCCUCACCAGACAACCACCCAACACUUUCACAAGAUAUUUAUUGAUGUUCAGGAACAACUGGUAAAUGUAUAGAGAAAGCUGUUAACAAUUGUUUAAUCCAUUUUUCAUUCUUCCUUUUCUUCACUGUCCAAUAGUAGACUAUGUUCAGGCCCAGCACAGGCUUCUUGGUUCCCCCUCUUUGCUGUAAAUGGGUGCUUUAACAACGGCAAAGUGUGCUGAACUUGCAUUAAGUGAUGCAUGCUGACUAAUGUGCUUCUGUACGAGCUAAGCGUCGCUGUCCAGAACCCCUCUUCACAUUCCUCCCUUUACGUGCAGCUUACCACUCGUCUGUGUUCGCUACCUAGCACGCAGCGCUAGGCUAGCUCUCCGUACUGCUGCGCUUCUCUGACGCAAACUCUGAGCAGCAGACAGAGCAGCAAGCUGUUUAUUUAGCUGAGCUUCCUCCCAAAUUCACCCUUUGAUAGUCGUCUCCUCCAUGAGAUGCUGCUGUAGCUCUCCAGAGAACUGAUUGAGAAGUCUGUGCAGGUCUACUCGGCUCUUUUUUUUUUUUUGUUUUUUUUUUUUUCCUCCUUACACCAAACCUGUUGUUUCCAAAACGGUUCACAGGAUUGUUCUAUACAAAGCUCUGACAGAGAAAUAAUGGGGUGUCCAUUACUGCAUGUAAUGUGAUGAACUCUCAAUGAUUGCAUGUACUAAUCAGUCUCGGAUGGUGUCCUUUCCCAACUCUGUGAACCGGACUUAAAUGCACAGUUUGUUCUGUACUUGGAUUGAAUCGGUCAAACCCUAACCCGCUGUAACGCGCCCUUUUCACAGCAGCCAUUUAGAUGUGUCACGGCCGGGUAAACAUAGGUUUUAUUGAUCAAAUUAAUUGCGCUCUCAUUCCAGUGAGCCAGCUUGCCAAAUACCAGGGCCCUGGCACACCUUAAAAUGCAGCACGGCCACAAUUAAUGUUAUUAAUUACACCUGCUUACCCUGCAAUGACGGGUCACAAUGGCUGCUGUGAAGAGGGCCUAUAGGGACCAGCUACGUCAUAAUCAUCCCUCCUCCAAAUCCUCAGUGACGUUGUUGAUGUGCUCGGGUGGGAAUUAGUAGUCACUAAUGAUUUGAUGAUAUGUUCUCUGCACGUAAUAAUGGCCGUUAACAGGAGGGUACCGCUAACUCGACUCCAGCUAUGAGGGGCCGUGGCCCUCUUCCUGUCCUAGAGCCGUCACGUUAAAGUCCUGCAUUUUAAAUGAGAUUUAGAAGCAGACGGUCAGCGAAUGUAAAGGAUUCUUGCUGACUAAUCUCUACACGAUGGAGAACUAAUGCAUGCUUUCAUGGAGAACGAGUACCUAAUUGUGCAUACUGUUUUAUUACGGGGGUGGUUAUGGGCCGGUUGAAUAAAUGUACCUUCUGUGUUGAUAAAAUAAACUUGUCUUUCCCUGAACUUCUCCUGCUGUUCCCUCCUCCCCCCCCUCCCCUCAUUUUGUUCUUGAAUAAACCUUGAUUAAUUGACCUGUA